AUGGCGCUUGCAGCCUCGGGCGUGGGCCGGCAGCUCCUCGCCGCCGCGCGACUGUCUUGUUCCAGUUCUUCUGCGUGCACCCUUCUUUCUUCGCAGCCGUCUCUCAGCCCGUCGCCCGUGUUGUGUGCGGUGUCUCCAGCGCGUCAGCCGGGCGCUGGAGGACAGUCCAAGUCCCUGUCCUUCCAGCGAGACCAGCGCCGCUUCUUGAACUUGCACGAGUACCAGAGCAUGAAAAUCAUGAAGGAGUUCCACAUCACCACGCCGAAAUUCGCCGUUGCCUCGACUGCCAAGGAGGCCGAGCAAGAGGCCGCGACUUUCCUCUCCGAAACGCAGAGCGGCGACGGCGAGCCCGUUGACUUCGUCGUGAAAGCGCAAGUCUUAGCUGGCGGCCGAGGGCUCGGAUUCUUCAGAGAGAACGGCUACCAGGGAGGCGUCCAAGUCUGUGAGAGCCCCCGGGAAGUUGGAAUCGUGGCAGACAAGAUGCUCGGGAAAACGCUCGUGACCAAGCAGACUGGAAAGGAAGGCAAAACAUGCAACAAAGUCCUCGUGACCGAGAGAUUCUUCAUCAGGAAAGAGAAAUACGUCGCCAUCCUCAUGGACCGAAGCGCUGGCGGACCCAUUCUCAUCGGAAGCGCUCGCGGAGGCACGAGCAUCGAGGAUAUCGCCCACAACUACCCCGAGUCCAUCCACAAAAUGCCCAUCGACAUCAACCAAGGAAUCUCGGAACCUCGUUUGAGGGAAUUCGCUGAAUUGCUGGGCUUUUCUGGAGACCGAUUGGAGGCGGCCUGCCAGUGUAUCCGUGGGCUGUAUGAACUGUUUACGAGCAAAGACUGCACACAAAUCGAAGUGAACCCUCUCGUCGAGACACACGAUGGUCGUGUCCUGGUGUGUGACGCCAAACUCAACUUCGACGACAACGCAGCUUUCCGUCAGAAAGACGUUUUCGCCCAGCGCGAUUACUCCCAAGAGGAUCCCCGUGAAGUUGCGGCGGAUGCGGCAGACCUGAACUACAUUGGACUUGACGGGAGCAUCGGGUGCAUGGUCAAUGGAGCUGGCCUGGCGAUGGCUACCAUGGACAUCAUCCAUCUCCACGGAGGCUCUCCAGCGAACUUCCUGGACGUUGGCGGAGGCGCGGACCAACUACAGAUCAUCGAGGCUUUGAAGAUCAUCCAGCAGGACAAGAGAGCAAACUGCGUUCUCGUCAACAUCUUUGGCGGCAUCAUGAGGUGCGACGUCAUUGCGAAGGGCCUUGUCGCCGCUGCCAGAGAAGUCGGGUUCGAUAAACCAGUUGUGCUUCGACUCGAAGGCACAAACAAGGAAGCAGCGAAAGAAGUUUUGAGAGAGGUUCGCACGGACCCCGCGUAUGCCUCGCUCCAGCUCCUGCAGGAGGACGACUUCGAUAAAGCGGCGCAACUCGCGGUGAAAGUGGCAAGUGUUGUUGACGCGGCAGCAAAGGCGAACCUCAAGGUUCACAUUUCGGCCCCGUAA